AUGGAGUCUAGAUAUGCUACAGAUGUAUCUUCCUUCUUUCUUUUUGAAGCAACAGGAGAUUCUGAAUUUGAUCUUGAUGUCACCGGCGGUUGCGAAAUUCCGAUGGCCGAUGAUGAUGCAGAGUCUUGUAGCUAUGGCUCAAGUUGUGACAUUGAUGAAAGAGAAUACAAUCAAGAGUACUGGGAUUCAGAAAAGAUGAGAUCACAGGAUAUCACUGUUGAAUCCACACGCAGGGAGGAGGAUAAUGAGGAAGAGGAAGAGGAAGAGGAAGAGGAAGAGGAAGAGGGAGUUUGUGAUGCUAAUGCAAAUUGGGAGAUGAUGACUGAGAUGGAGAAGAGCAAGCUCUUCUGGGAUACAUGCUUGGCUAGUUAG